AUGUCGUUUGAUAACAUGACGACUGUCAGUCCCCCAACAAACUGGACAACGACAAACUGCUGGACGACAACUGUAGCAACGACCCUCUCCCCUGAAGACGAUCUCGAGGCUUGGAUUGACGACGCCACGUGGAUUCUCACCAGUUCCUUUAUCAUCUUCACCAUGCAGUCAGGAUUUGGACUUCUGGAAAGUGGCAUGGCCAGCCGAAAGAAUGAGGUGAACAUCAUGGUAAAAAAUGUAGUGGAUGUGGUGUUUGGGGGACUGACAUAUUGGACCAUUGGCUACGGACUGACGUUUGGGGACUCUUCAGGCUCCAACGGCUUCAGUGGAGUCGGAGCCUUCCUUUUAGAUCCAGACGAGAAACACAUGGGGACGGUGUUUUCCAAGUUCAUAUUCCAAGCUUCAUUCUGUACCACGGCUACUACCAUUGUAUCAGGCGCCGUAGCUGAGCGAACCAAGCUGUCAGCUUACAUAGUGUUCUGUCUCCUGAACACACUAGUGUACAGUUUUCCCGCUCACUGGAUCUGGGCGCCUAGUGGAUGGCUUAGGAAGCUUCAUGUUGUCGACGUAGCGGGCGUAGGACCUGUCCAUUUAGUGGGCGGAACUACUGCUUUGAUUGCCGCCAUUAUGGUGAAGCCUCGUUAUGGGCGAUUUUCGAAAGAAGGCGGAACUGUCAAUCACGGUAACUCGGUCAACGCCCUUCUAGGACUCUUCAUUUUGUGGUGGGGAUGGCUCGGUUUCAACUGUGGUAGUACAUUUGGUAUCAGUGGCGGAAAAUGGAAGUUAGCCGCCAGAUCAGCAGCGACAACAAUACUGGCAGCUUGUGGUGGGGGAACUAUGGCAUUUACAUUAAGUUUCUUCAUCCACAAAGGAAAAUAUGACAUCGCAUUGCUGGUGAACGGAAUUCUGGGAUCUCUCGUGAGUAUAACAGGUAUUUGUGCCGUAACUAGGACCUGGGUGGCUGUUGUCAUUGGUGCUAUAGGCGCAUGCGUCACAGCUGGAGCGGAAGCUUUAUUAGUGAAACUUAAGAUAGACGACCCUGUUGGAGCUACAGCGGUACACCUUGCUGGAUCUCUGUGGGGGAUGAUCAGCUGUGGAUUAUUUGCCACCAAAGACAAUGUGGAAAAGUCCUUUAGUUUUCAUGACGGCCUAUUCUGGGGUGGCGGUUGGUAUCUACUCGGCGUGCAGUUAUUAGCAAUAGCCGCCAUCAUCGCAUGGACGGUCGUGACGUCAUCAAUCAUUCUAAAAGGCAUUGACCUCACCAUAGGACUGCGUAUGACGUUGGAGGAAGAGCUAUAUGGCGCCGAUUACUUUGAACACGAUGUUGAGCCAACUGAUGACAUCAGGAAUCACGCAGAACGAUUGUUACGUCAUAUGACUCAUGAGGAACGCACAACCCCUGCGUACGUCACGUCAAGACCGAUUUGGUGGUGGUGGCGGAAGAAAAGAAGUGAACGGACUGCUUCUCCAAAAAGUGAGGAAACGGACAGCGCGUCCGGAUUUAUAUCCGAAGAUUCCGGCAUCAAAACUCCAGCAAAAAGUCAGGCUUCAGAUUCCGCAACAGAGGUCACGGACACUGGAGAGAAUAUGGAUAUUACGGAUGUGGAUAAUGCUAACAUUGAGGAGAAGUCUAACGGUCACGUGAUUGUUACUAGAAACGGAAGUCAACUUAAAUGCACGAAACAUGUAUCGAAUGGACACAGCUAUAUUAACAAUGCAUUCCAGACCAAUGACGAUGUGUCUGACGUCACGGACCUUGGUGAAUCACAAACAGUUCGAAAUGACAGCAGACCACACUAA